AUGGCAACGGUCUUUGCGGCCGAAGAGCUCGACGGCUCACCGACCAAGAGGCGGAGAAUAGGGAAACAUGAUACAUCAGGUGGCGAUCUGCGAAAGAAAAGAGAGCAGAACGACAAUCGCUUGAAGUCGAUCUUCGAGUCGAUCUUUGAGAAAUAUGAAAGGGACUUUGAUGGCAUUGGGGAUGAGAUCGACUUGGAGACUGGAAGUGUCGUGGUGGACAAUGGCCAUAUUUCAGGAAUGAAAUAUGAAGCGGAUGCUGGCACAGGGAUUGAAGAUCUGGAAAUCGAUACCAACUGCGGUUUCUCAGACAGCGAGCAUUCGGAGGCGUCACUUUAUUCAUCUGUCGAAGAUUAUGACGAUGCUUUGGCAGACGAGACGAUAGGGCCCUUUUCCAAUGAUCAUGACGCCGGCAGUACCAUCAAGGAUCCCGGAAAACUACACAAUUUGUUUGGCGAGGGUCUUGCGGAUUCCGUACCUACGCUCUAUGACGACGAAGAUGAGCUUGCAAUAGGCGGGCACCAUUCCGCCUUGCCCAAUGGGCUGAGCAACCUUGGUGGAAACCCUGCUGCUUUUAUUCGAGAGCGAAGGAAUGCGCGAGACCCAAAGUGGCAGGCUCCUCCACUUCCGGACGGAGCAAUGGAGAAUAGACCCGUUCACAGAAGGAUGACUUUACCUGCGCCGAUUCAGGUCAAGGCGAGAAAUGUAGAUCUCGGAGACUGGAGGCAGAUAUCAUCUGUUUGGGAUGUGCGACCAAGCAGAGUUAGGUCUCGCCCGGCAAGCCAUAGUGGAACCCAUCUCGAGGCUGAGAUUGAGCCCAUUUGGACCCAAUCACAGCAAGAAGCCUUUCGAUAUCUGAAGCGAUACACGACAAUGCCGUUCAGUGAGUUGGUGAAGUAUUUUCCCGGCCAGACCGAGCAGUCACUGGCAGCGUUUUCCGCCGAGUCAGAAGGCCUUCAGAAGGCCCAUGAUCCCAGCGAUGAGCAUUCUACGCAGCAUAAGGUCAAUGAAUCAGCCUGCGAACCCUCUAAGAACACCCAACACCACGUAGAAGUCGUCGAUAAGGAUGUAUCUCCAUAUGAAAUACCUCACAUCAUGCAUCCUGCAGGCCUACCACAACCACUCGGCAAUCUAUCACCGCCAUCCAAGUUUAAGAAAUCUCAUUCAUAUCGCGAUGGCGUAAUUUCUCGCUCAGACAAAGAUGUCGAUGCAGAUAUAUGGGAGGUCCCUGACUUUGACAUGGACUCUAUGCAUAGACGUCCAGGAAAUCUCUCGAGCUUCGUUCCAAAUUCUUCGGGCAAAAAGUCCGGAAAAGAUCUUGAGCAAGAUAGUUCUGGUCUUGAUCAUUUGAGAGAGAUCCAAGACAGUGACCCAAUAGUCCUCUGGCCCUCGCCACCCGACGAUCUGUAUUCGGACCCACUAUCUGACUUUGGUAAUUUGUAUGACUCUCCAAGACCUUCGAUGCAACGAAUACCAAGAAAACAGUAUAUCCUACGAGAAUCAAGCGUGAUCAAGGACCAUGGAAUUUCUCCAGCCUGCGAAAGACAGCAGCUUACAUCGCGGCCAAAUCACCUUCCGAGGAAAUCGCUAGUCAACAUUCGGAACAAAGUGGCCUCAUCGAAACGUCAAGAAAAGUUCGAUCAACCAGUAACUUCCUCGUCAGUCAAACGCCACACUCCAAGUAGCAAUUUCAAGGGCCGUGGCCGUAACCUGGCGCAGCAACAGCAUGAACAAAUCCCACUAAUCGACCUAACGACACCUGACAGCGAAAGCAUCCCACACGAUGUUUUAAUCGACACAGUCAGCAAGCCAAUCCAAAAGUAUAACUCAAAACUCGUGACAAUUGACGUGAAAUCAACCAAUACCCAAGAAAUACCUGACUCACAGCCUUCGCAAUCUGAACGUCGCCUAUCGAACGAGGGUUUCAAAUCUAAAACUUUUGGAGUUAAAGAGUAUAUUGUAGACGCUAAUACACGGACUUCAAGCUACAAAGAGCUGUGCGAGCGGCCUGUCGUCCGGGUUCCUGCACCAAUACCUACCAAGGCCGAAGUCUAUGCGCCAUCGACACCAAAGCCCGCGAUUCUCCUGUCGAAAGGUAGCGGAACGCCACGAAAAUGCCAGGACCAAAUCAAUCCCAUUGAACUUCCGGGCUCGCAAUCAAAAGUCAACGAGACCAAGACUCAUGCGAGUCUUUCGCUUUCAAUGUUGUGUGACGGGAGUGAUGACGAUCUCAGUACUCCGAUAUUAUCAACCAAGAGAGUGAAAAAGAAGGAAGUUUCAUCCACUAAGCCGCGGAUUCCUGAUCUUCCUCAGCUGCAUAGCGGUGCUCUUAGCGACGAUGAGCUAGGGUGA